CGCUGGCUGGCGGCUGCGCUCGCUCCAGUCGGCGAGCGGAGCAGCGAGCGAGCGUGUGUGUGUUUUUUAAAGAUGGCCGGAGCGGCGGCGGCGGUGGCCGCGGGAGCAGCAGCUGGAGCCGCCGCGGCAGCCGUGUCGGUGGCGGCUCCGGGUCGGGCCUCGGCGCCCCCGCCGCCUCCGCCGGUGUACUGUGUGUGCCGGCAGCCGUACGACGUGAACCGCUUCAUGAUCGAGUGCGAUAUCUGCAAGGACUGGUUCCACGGCAGCUGUGUUGGGGUAGAAGAACAUCAUGCUGUUGACAUUGACCUGUAUCACUGUCCCAACUGUGCAGUUCUACAUGGCUCCUCCUUGAUGAAAAAGAGGAGGAACUGGCACAGGCAUGACUACACAGAAAUUGAUGAUGGUUCCAAACCAGUGCAGGCUGGAACUAGAACUUUUGUGAAGGAAUUACGUUCUCGAGUCUUCCCAAGUGCCGAUGAAGUCAUUGUAAAGAUGCAUGGCAGCCAGCUGACACAGAGAUACCUGGAGAAACAUGGAUUUGAAGUCCCUAUUAUGGUCCCCAAAUUAGAUGAUCUAGGACUCAGGCUCCCUCCACCUACUUUUUCUGUUAUGGAUGUGGAACGUUAUGUAGGUGGUGACAAAGUGAUAGAUGUCAUUGAUGUGGCAAGGCAGGCAGACAGCAAAAUGACACUUCACAAUUAUGUUAACUACUUCAUGAACCCUAACAGACCAAAAGUGCUAAAUGUGAUCAGCCUUGAAUUUUCAGAUACAAAGAUGUCUGAAUUGGUGGAGGUUCCCGAUAUAGCCAGAAAACUUUCCUGGGUGGAAAAUUAUUGGCCAGAUGAUUCAGUCUUUCCCAAGCCAUUUGUUCAGAAAUACUGCUUAAUGGGAGUGCAAGACAGCUACACAGAUUUCCACAUUGACUUUGGUGGAACUUCAGUUUGGUACCAUGUUCUCUGGGGCGAGAAGAUUUUUUAUUUGAUAAAGCCAACAGAUGACAAUUUGGCACUCUAUGAAUCUUGGAGUUCAUCUGUGACCCAGAGUGAGGUGUUCUUUGGAGAUAAGGUGGAUAAAUGCUACAAAUGUGUGGUAAAGCAGGGACAUACCUUAUUUGUUCCUACAGGGUGGAUUCAUGCUGUGCUCACUUCUCAGGACUGUAUGGCUUUUGGGGGGAACUUCCUGCACAACCUUAACAUUGGCAUGCAGCUCAGGUGUUACGAGAUGGAAAAAAGGCUAAAAACACCAGAUCUUUUCAAAUUCCCUUUCUUUGAAGCCAUAUGUUGGUUUGUAGCCAAAAACUUGCUGGAAACCCUGAAAGAACUGAGAGAAGACGGUUUCCAGCCUCAAACUUACUUAGUACAGGGCGUGAAAGCACUGCAUACUGCUUUGAAGUUAUGGAUGAAAAAAGAACUUGUAUCUGAACAUGCCUUUGAAAUUCCAGACAACGUUAGACCUGGACAUCUUAUUAAAGAACUUUCUAAAGUAAUUCGAGCAAUAGAGGAGGAAAACGGCAAACCAGUUAAAUCUCAGGGAAUUCCUACUGUAUGUCCAGUUUCACGAUCCUCAAAUGAAGCGACUUCCCCAUACCACUCCCGACGAAGGAUGAGGAAACUUCGGGAUCAUCAUGUCCGAACUCCUUCCAACCUAGACAUCCUGGAACUCCACACGAGGGAGGUCCUCCGGAGACUGGAGAUGUGUCCGUGGGAAGAGGACAUCUUGAGCUCUAAACUGAAUGGAAAAUUCAACAAACAUCUCCAGCCAUCUUCCACGGUACCUGAAUGGAGAGCGAAAGAUAACGAUUUACGAUUACUGCUGACAAAUGGAAGGAUAAUUAAAGAUGAGAGACAGCCCUUCGCAGAUCAAAGUCUUUAUACAGUAGACAGUGAAAAUGAAGAGGAUAAAAGAAGGACAAAAAAGGCAAAAGUGAAGAUAGAAGAGAGUUCAGGAAUAGAAGGUGUGGAGAGUGAAGCGUCUCAAAAACCACUGAACAGGUUUUUAACAAGCGUGAAAUCAGAACUCAGGAAUCGAUCAUCAGAAUAUUCUGAUAUUUCUGAUUCAGAAGACUCUGGACCUGAUUGCACUGCACUGAAAAAUAAUUUUACCACUGAAGAAUCUGAAAGUUCAGGUGACGAAAAGAAACAAGAAAUAACAUCAAACUUUAAGGAGGACUCUAAUGUGAUGAGGAACUUCCUUCAAAAGAGCCAGAAGCCAUCUAGAAGUGAAAUUCCAAUUAAAAGGGAAUGUCCUACCUCGACGAGCACAGAGGAAGAAGCUAUUCAGGGCAUGCUGUCUAUGGCAGGGUUGCACUAUUCCACAUGUUUACAAAGGCAGAUACAAAGCACAGACUGCGAUGGUGAAAGACACUCUCUCCAGGAUCCCAGCAGCUGCCACAGUAGUAACCAUGAGGUCAGGCAGUUGUAUCGCUAUGACAAGCCAGUGGAAUGUGGCUAUCAUGUCAAGACUGAAGAUCAAGACUUGAGGAGUUCUUUCUGGAGUAAACAACUUGAUACAACUUCCAGAUUUAAUCUUCAGGAUCUAGGUAGAGGUCAGAAAUGCACCAAAAAGGAAGUUUCAUCAGAAAUCAGUCAGAAGGUACAAAGUAAGAAUUCUGUGGACAGCAGUGGCUCAGGCCCGCAGAAUGGAAAGUGUGUGCAGAGUUCAAGCUUGAUGUCGGGGGCGUGCCAGAUCAGUAAUGGCAGUGUAAGCCCAGAAAGGCCUGUUGGUGAAACUUCCUUUUCAGUGCCCCUUCACCCCACCAAGAGACCUGCAUCAAAUCCACCACCGAUCAGCAACCAGGCAACAAAAGGUAAACGUCCAAAAAAAGGAAUGGCAACAGCCAAACAACGCCUUGGGAAGAUCCUUAAGUUGAACAGAAAUGGCCACGCACGUUUCUUUGUGUGACGGAGCCGCGGUUGUGGCCGCCCUUCCCUUUGGAGACCAGUCUCGGGGCGCGGGAGCCUGGCGCUUCCACCGCGCCCCUGCUGAAGCAGUUUGCAUGUACAGUAGAGAACACUGCCCGGAGAACAAAAUGAACCAGAUGCUGCAUUUUCACUGUGUCACACCCACUCAGCAAUAACCAUUUUGGACCUGGUGGGGAGAGGAAGAAAGAGGGUAGAACCUUAAAAAGAGACCUUGAACUGGAAAGGGUCUCUUGUCAGGGCUUGAAUUUCAUUUUGUUGUUGGUAGUGUCUUGAUUUAUUUUCAGUGGUAGGGUAAAGAAUUAUCAAUAAUUUAUUUAAUAGAUUUUUUUUUAAAGUUAACAGCUUUUAAAUUUUCUUUUUUAAAGCUAUUUAUUUGGAAGAUUUCUGGAGAACUAUCUCACUAAUUUAGAUUUAAGAAUGUGAAGGUUUUUAAAUUAUUUUUGAUAGUGUGUGUGUUACAUGUGGGGAAAAGCCACGGUAACAGUAACUGGUCUGGACUCUUAAAUUUGAUAUUCAGGUUAAAGUCUUAAACAGGGAUUUGAUGCAUUAAUUAUUUUAAAUUAAGAUGUAUAUGAAAAUCGUUUUAUUUUAUAUAUUUCAUGUGUUUUUUAUAAGCUAUUAGCUUCGCUUUUGCUAACAUCCAAGGUGCAUACUGUUAUCCAGGUCGAUUACCUGUAUCCCACCUUCCCUCUGCACUCCCCAUCAUUUUGUGUCGACAAAACAAGACUCUUCUCUUUGCAGGGAAACACCUUCAUAGCCAAUGGGUAAGAACUACAUAAAAGAUCCCACAUUUUCUCUUAUCAUUUGACAUUGCGAUUUUCUUCUAAAUAGAAAAAUAGGCUUCUUGCAUUUUCAUUUUUUGCUGAUAAUAUCUGGGUCCCAAAGAGUACAGCUUUAAUAUCUUUUUCCUACUUGUGGAAAAAGUAGUAUUAGUUUGGUUAAAUUGUCAUAUUUGUAGCUUUUCAAAUACAUUUGUAACUACAGAGGGCCUUCUUCAUACUGCUGAUGUUGGAGGGCAGGACCAGCACCUGCCACAGAGGUUAUAUUUUAUGACGCUUUUAUUCUGUAUACCUAAUUUGUUGGAAAAUAUGAAAUAUGGUUUGACUUAGUAUAUUCAAAUCUGCAUAAUAAGCCGUAAUAUAAUAGGACUAUGCUAUAUUAAGUUGUACAGAAGCAAGCAUGUUGGAGUAGAUGAUUUGUGUGUGUGUGUAUGUGUGUGUGUGUGUGUAGUUUUUUUUAUUUCUUAACCUUCUAAAGAAUUAUUUAAGAUACAGAUUUGGAGUAAAAUGGGUGCUUUUUGCAGUUUCUUCCAUCUGUCCUAACUUAACCAGUGCGUAGUGAGGUUAAGUAUCUGGUUGGGCUUUAAGGAAUCAUUUAUUUCCUUUGUGCACAAUUUUUACUAAAUGCCAGUUUUCAGUUGCUCAUAAUAGCUUGUAUUCCCUGCCCCUCCAACCCCAAGGCAUAUAAACAAGUGAUUUCUUGGAUUGGAGAUACUCUCAAUUCUGACAGUAGAGCAUUUUACAGGUUCCUACAAAGAAAAUAUAGGCAAAGUGGAUAAAAUUUAUUUUUAUGGAGAAGAAAUAUGACCAUAUUAUGGAUUUGUCUUUUUCCACUCAGCAAAGUAGCAGGACUUUCCCUUCUGUAUUAUAUAUCACUUGAAGAGUUAAGGAAAAAAAAGUCUAUAUACCAUUAUCUUUCAUGGUUGCAUUCAAAUGCAUUAUUUUCAAAGAAAUAUUUCUUACUGUCUCCAUUUUAAUAUUUCAUUGAAUAUAUAUGAAAUGUCUGGUGGAUUAGCCUUUUUUGGUCCAGGUGACUGGACCACUGUCUGGAUCUUUUCUGGGUGUCAGGAAGAAGAAUUUUUAUGGAAGUACUAAAUGUCUUUAAUAGACCUACUUAAAUUCUAGCUACACCAUGCCAAAACUAGGUAAGAGAUAGGUACGGUCAGUCAUUUGAUUGGUCACCAGAUCUCCAGAUAUCAAAGAUGUGUGUUUGCCCAAUUCUCCCACCUUCCCCACACGAUAUACUACUGUGAUAUGUUGGUUUUCUGUAGUCACCAUUUUAGUGUUACAGUACACGUGUUUUUGCUUUGCUUUAAGAAAUAAGAAUUAAUAAUUUCUUUUUCCAGCUCUAUUAUGAUCUGGGUUCUUUUGUUGUCUUUACAUUUUUCACAGCUCUAAAUAUUUUUAAUUACCUGACUUUUUUUUUCUUUAGCUAUAAAAGUGAAAAUAAAAUAAUUUACUUCUAUGAAUUAAAAUUGUGGCCAGUAUCCACCCUGUAUACUUAGGCUGGUAAACAGCCAGUAUGUGGAAUUUUUAAGUGAAGGUACUGUGGAUUCAUUUUUGGCAAAUGUUAGACCAUUAACUGGCUAAGUUCAAAAGACUUUCAGUAAGGUUAUAUAACCACUAAAACAAAAUACGCGUACUUUUCUGUGAAUUGGUAAAAAUUCAGCCACUGAUUCAGUGACUUUCCCAGUCUAACCUCUGGUAAAAUCACUGGCUGUGACGUAUCCCUUUAUCUCAUGGAAAUGGCUGAGCUUUGAGGUAACUGCAGCCAGUAUCUGGACUCAACUGUAAUAGACAACCCUUCACCUUUCCCUCAGUCUCCUUUAUAAACAAUACUACCAUACAGACACUGCAGCUGAGGUAGGGAGGCGGCAGUGGUGGCAGUUAGCUAGUUAUAAGCAAAUACAAAUAUGUAAAACAAUUAUGAUUUAACAUAUACAGUUUUCAUUGUAGUAGUAAGUAAUGAUUUUCCUGUAUUGAUUCAGAUAAGAGACUUCUGUUAACCUGAGAUCCACUGUACUGUAAUUCAUAAUGUCACAUAAUAUUAUGCUUUUUAGUAUUGAUUGAUGAUGCAAACUGUAAAAAGCUGUUUAUAAUAGCUCAGUAUCUUAGAAAUACUUUGAACUUCAUAAGCAUCAGUUAAUUUUUACUGCAUACAAAAUUGAAAAUUCUGACCAAAACCAUCUUAUAAACUCAGAAGAUAAGCCCAUCUUUAUCACUACUUAAAUACUUAGCAUUGAAUACUGCUCUAUUUUUUAAUAAUCCUAAUUAUUGCCUUUUUAAUGAACUCUACUGUAUUUAUUCAUAUGAGAUCAACAGGUAUUUAUCAAACAUUUACUAUGUGCCCAGCACUACUUAGUACUUUGUGGGGAUAUAACGUUGAAGUUGUGGUCUCUGCUCUUGAAGGUAUCUUCUCUAGGAAAUAAGCAGUAUUAUUUUCAUUUCUAAGAAGGCUUAAGCAAAAGAGGGCCCAUUCAUAAAAAACCAAAACAAAGCAGAACUUUUAUCAGUUGCAGUGGAGAUAUACUAUAUAACUGUAGAAGUGGAAGUUGAAUUUUUUUUUAAUUUUCAAAAUUUUAAAAAGAUUUCAAAAGUUAAUAAUUUAAUGUCGGAAAUCAUAGGGGCAUGGUAUAGCAUGAAAGGGAGCAGGCGACUUGGGUGUUUGUCCCAGUUCUGCCCUUUCUGUUUCAGCUGUGUGACCCUGAGUCAGUCACUUACUCUUCCUUAGUUUUCUCAUGUGUAAAUUUGGAUCAAAAUGCAGUUAAGAAAAAUGUAGAAAAGCAUUUCUUAAUCUAUUAGAAAUAGAUUCAUACUUGCAGGGAACUUGUCAUUAUUUAAGUUACAACUGACAAUGAAUGCAUAUUUAUAUGCAUUUUUAAAUGAAAAUUGCUAUUACUCCUAAAUUUUGCUUCAUAUAUCAAAAUACAUGCCCAGAGCAUGCUACCUAAAAAAUCUGAAGAAUCUCUAACAAGGUGCUGAAUUAAACUCAGAAUCAGUGCGUGAAGUGAAAGAAAAAGGAAUGAGGUAGUUUGAGUAAGAAUGAGAAUGUAUCCUCAAGUAAUCAUUAAGAUGAUAUAAGGUAAUUAAAAGAUAGGUUUUUCUCAAAGAGUACCGCUCUACAGAUUCUGCGUACUCUUCAGGCACUAGAAUAAGGUAAAGUAGAUCAUGGAAUUACAAUGAUUUAGCAACUACCCAUGGUACUAGGGCAGAAAAAUGAGGUGAUUAAAGGCUGGGGCUCAGCAAAGACAGCUCUGAGUUGGUCAGCAGCAGCUUGUUGGGUGGAGAGAGAAAGCACUGUAGUGGUGGAGGAAGGGAGAUUCGACUCGAUGGCUUCAACUUUAAGAAAGAGACUUACUGCUGUUUUCAAGAGAUGCUCUCUGCAGUGAUAAGACUACUCUCCAAAGAGCUGAUGAAUGCUUACAUGGCCCAGUAAACUACUGCCAGAAGUAACUGUUGCAGUAUAUAAGCAUUUUAUGUUUUCAUAUGAAGAGACGAGGGUUUCGUGUAAAUUUGAAAUUUUCCCCAAAACUUCAUUUUCCUCAUUAAAUAUUAGCCCAAUUUCUCCCUCCAAAAAAGGGAAGCUCAAGAUCACCAGUCAUUUUCUGAUGCCCUAGACCUUCAUCGAAAGCAGUUUUGAGAAGGUUGAGCAUCAGGUCUUUAGCUUAGGAAAAGAGACCAAUGAAAUCCAGCGAGGGCAGUGACUUGCCGGGGGUCACGGUAGCUCCUCGACCUCUGGUAAACAGUCCCCGCUCCGUGACACUGUGCAGCCUCCGCUCAUCCUGUGGUGGCUGGUGUUGACAUGCUCGCUAGAAGCCAGGUGGAAAGAAAAGGGAAGAGGUAGUACACUCACUGCAUUGCUGUUGAACAUAAUGUAAUUUUAAUACUGUAGCCUUACUAAAAACCCGUCCCUUAAAAUUUUUGAUUUGUUUUUCAGUGAACGUCAUGCUGUAAGUCAAAUACUUGAUAUCCCUUACAUAAAAACUUUUUCAGUUCAGGACAUUAAGAAGUUAAAUGCCUAUUUCCAAAGCAACUAGCUUAUCAUGACUGACUGUGGUUUUAUUCUGUUAUAGUCAUUUUUUCCUCUUAAAUGAGGAGGGGAAAAGAAUACUUUUACCUGCAUUCUACCCCUAGUCUCCCUCUCACCCUUCGUGUCCUUUCUAGUGUCCUAAAGCUUUGUCUUAACAAGUGCAACAUUAAAUUUUUUUGUUAAAGCCUUUUUGAAACUGUAUUCAGUGAUUCUUCCAACACAUUUAUCUGCUCUGCACUAUUUCGCUAAUAAACCCUGGCUACCACGUAGCCCGUGACCUCCAAGUAGUUUACCUAUGCAAGACCUGUGACAGUCUGAACUCACUUUUCUUUAUUUCACAAAGCAGUCCUUAAUGGAACUUAAUCAUAAAGAUAAACCUUUCCUCCACCCAGUUUUAUUUUGGCCAUUUCCUUUUCAUAAUGUCAGCAAUCUUCCCCCAAGAUUUUUCACCAAAACAAUGAUCAUAAGUGCUGGAAUAUAUAAUAUUUUGCAGGAAUACUCAUAUUUCUUUGGUGGAUUUUGGUUGGUAACAGUUACCAGCAUUAAAUGUAAUAUAUAAUGAAGAGUUGAUUCCUUGCCUAGAAUCAUUUCUUCCCUCUAAGAUUCAGAGGAUUCAUCGUUUAUUUUUACAAAGCCUACAUAUAACUUCUACAUUAUAGUCAGGGACCUGAGGUGUAACUUGCUAAGUGAACCCCAAGGUUAUUUUCUCUUACAAAAUAAACCUAAACCAAACUAAGGGCCUUACAUUUAUGGUUAGACUGAAUCAAAAGCUAUAACCUCAGUUUUUCCAAAAACAGCUUCUGACUGCAAAGCAAGUCACGCAGUUGUUAGGUAUGAAAUAGCACUGAUCAGGAAAUGCGUGUGCAUCUUGGCAGACUGCAUUUCCUUCCGAAAAGACUUUUCUACUUUUAAUAUAAAUUAAGCCAUAACAGUUUCAUGCUGUGGAAAGAGGGUGAAAAGGUUCAUUUUAAGAGAUUAUAUAAUAUGAAUUUUCACAUUUACUGUGAAAUGUCUAACUUUGCCAGUGCUUCAGCAGGUUUGUUUGGGUUUUUUUUUUUUUUCCUGUGGGGGAGGGAGGGUAGAGGGUGGUGUCAGGGAUGGAUAGUACUGGUUUUAGGGGUUUUAAAUCUGUGAAAUUUGAAAAGGGACAGUUGUUGGCUAUGGUAUUUACUAGUUUUGUAGUAACGUUUUGCUAGCCUGACUGACUUUUCCUGAGCUGAUUUUCAUGCCCGUGGUCCCAGGUGACUGUUAGCCUUUCCUGUUCAGGGUGUCUGCGGAGUAGUGUCUUGUCUGUGUGUAUAGGCAGUCGCCGUGUGUGCACAUGUGUGUCCUUUGAAUACAGAAGCACACUGUGACAACGGAGUGGGGUGUGGCUGGGAAAUGGGAUGCUGAAGCUUUAAGAGCAUUUUUUUUUUCGAUUCAUAACAGUAUUUCCCAUCUUUUGCCUGCAGGCAGGGAAAGUGUACAGUAUUUAUUUUGUUUCUGUUUUAAAUUUGUAAGUUUUUAAGUAGCUUACAUUGGUUAUUAUAGGGGAGGACAAGUGACUUGUUUAAAGUUGUAUUUGGUAUUCCUACUUUCCAAGUUCUGUAUUUUAAAAUAUUGAAAUUAAAGUUGUAUUACUUCUGUUUUGA